AUGUCGCGCUCAGCUCUGCGAAGCCUUUCACGAGCCGGAUCUUCCCUACGAGCAGGUGGCCCACGCCCGCGCAUCACCACAAGAUGCCUCCACCAACAGUCAUCAUCACCCAUAGUCGCUUCAAGAGCGCAACACAGACCUAGGAUACAAUCAUGGAACCAGAGUCUGAGCGCCACACCCUCGGCAGCAGCGACAGUCCCUCGCCGAACAAUGUUCAUCCAGACCGAACCCACACCAAACGAUGACGCCCUGAAAUUCAACCCAAACGCUCGUGUCCUCUCCGAAUCCAUAUCCUCACCCUAUCUUGAAUAUCUCACCCCACGCUCCACCCUCGCACCUCCCCACCCAUCUCCUCUCGCGGCCGCCCUCAUGAACAUAGACGGCGUGACAUCUGUUUUCUUCGGCACAGACUACAUCACCGUGACCAAAGACAGCGGCACACCCUGGGCACACAUCAAACCCGAAGUUUUCGCCCUCAUUACAGAAUUCAUGACGAGCGGGCAAGCCAUUAAGCCGAUUCGCUCGCCUACGACGAAAACGACGAUGAAGUCGUCGGCAUGA